UAUAAAAACAUUAAUAUUCACAAACACAUUAUAUUUAUAUUGAAUGUAUAAAUAAACAAAAUAAUAAUGAUGAACGAUUUAUUAAAGGAAUGCAAAUACGAAUGUAGAGUUAGUACGGUAAUGAAUAAAGAUUCAAGAAAUUAUGGAAAACAAUGUAUGUUUGACGAUUAUGAAGAAACGUGUUGGUUUUCUGAUUCUGGUUUGCCACAAUGGAUAAAGAUUACUUUUGAAAAAAUAAAUACUAUAACUGGAUUUGAGAUUCAAUUUCAAGGUGGCUUCGCUGGAAAAGUUUGUUUGGUUAACAUUGAUGAUGAUAACGAAAGCACCAUUUAUCAGGAAUAUUUUUAUCCAAAUGAUAUUAAUCCAAGUCAACGUUUUGCAUUGAAAAAUCCAACUACAGGAAAAACAUUUAAAAUAAUAUUUAAUGAAAGUACAGAUCUAUUUGGUAGAAUUGUUGUAUAUAAAUUAUGUAUAUUUUCAUGAUAAAUUGAUUAUUUUUCUUUAAAAAUUAAAAUAUUUCA